AUGUCCCGCUCCGCCACCAGCAAACUCCCACCUCUGGCCUACCACAUCCUCUCUCCUCAUCCCGGCCCAAUCAACUGCACCACCUUUCCCGCCACAAAAUUCAUCGCCGACGACCCCGCCCAUCCACUAUACCUCAAAACACAGCGCCGUCUCGCCCUCUUCGACCGUAAUGCCUUUCACUUCCGCGUGCAUUGUCCCUUUGACAUCUCUAAAAAGGCCGUCAUUCGCAAUACAGUCAAGAAGACGUUUGAGAAGGCCUUUGUCAGGGAGCUCGAGCGAGGAGGUUGGGCGCCUGAUGGGAAGGUUCUGAAGGGAAAGGAUGCGAGGAAGGACGGGUUGAGCGGAGCUUGCUUGGUGAAUAUUGUCAAGGAUUCGAAGAGGGUGUUGCAGGCGAGUAGGGAGGAUGUGAGGAGAGAGAUGGCGAGACUGGUGGACGAGAUUGCGGAGAGACGUGUUCAAUGGCAGCCGAGACCGGUGGCGGAGAGCUGGACUUCGACUGGGCAGCGACAGGGAGAGCAGCGGGGAGGGCGCACUCGUUUGGGACAGGAAGAGUCGGCGAAAAUGCCCGAGCUGAAUGUCAUGGUCAAUCAGUGGAGCUUCACCGCACGACCGCAUGUUGUUGCAUGGAACGGAGGCCGCACUCCCGACGAGCUGACCACCAGCGCGUAUGCACCGUCACAGUCACAAAUUGGAGCGAGUUGCGAAAGCCCGAUCGUCGCCCUUUUCAGACCAGCGGUCAGAAGUUGGGCGAUGUGCUAUGUGUGCGGCGGCGCAUCGUGCACAUGGCGCAUCGUUGCAGACGCCGUCUUCCUGGAACUCAACUGGAAACAGCACGUGCAUGAUGUCACUCCCGACUCUCUUGAAGCGCAAGAGGACAGGCUUGAUGCGUUCGCCGUCACUGCUUGAGAGGUUGCAGUCCACGACGGCAAUUAAACCCGCACACGGGGAAUGACCGCGCAUGCUCGUCUUUGCUGCUGUUCGAAUUUUGCCUGGCUAUCGAUCGAGCCUUGGCUGGUGUUGACCGCGCCAUUCCACUGAAUGGUUACACCGCGGCAAUGCUCACGCAAAGCAAAGCUUUCGUGGAUGCCGCAGAAAAGGCCGACGGACACCAUUUCGAGUGAAGGGACACUACCGAUCCUCCCUUCGUGUGGCAUCAGCUCGUCGAGAGCGAGAUCAAAGCGAGCGGUAUUGCCUGGACACAUCUGCAUCCGAAUGUUUUUAUGGAGAGACUCCUCGCAGCCACUUCAACCAAAG